AUGGCAUCCCCACCCCUUAUCUCCCUCGCGGCCCCCUCCGCCACCAGCGCCCUCGCCACCCCUUUCCACACAGCCCUCGGCGUUCUGUGUCACGGCGUGAUGCAGCGGCGUCGCGUGCUGCGGGUGGUGGGUGUUGAUGCUGUAGCUUGGGAGCGCGGCAAACAGCGCGGUGAGCAGCGGCGCGUGGUCCAGCGUGAUCGCGAGCGUCAUGUACUUGGUCGUGAAGAAGGCGCCGGCGGCAAGGGCGCGCGAGAGUUGGCGGGGGUUGUUGCGGUAGAUGGACCAUGUCAGGACGUGUUCCGCGUGCUGCGUCACCGCGUUGUCGAGCUUGUGGAGGAACACAGAGUGGAGGUAUUCGGCGAUAUCGAGGUGGAGCUCGGGGGGGAGGGAGAGGAGAUUGGUGGUGGGGAGGGCGGGGGGGAGACUGGUGGGGGAAGACUGGCGGAGAGAUGGAUCGGGCCAUCGAGGGGUAGGAGGGUGGAGGGGAGACCGGCGAGGGGAAGACUGGUGGGCAUCGAGGGGGGGCCAUCGAGGGGGAGGAUGGCGGGGAGGAGGGGGGAGGGGAGGCCAUCGGGGUGGAGGAUGGCGGGGAGGAGGGCGGAGGGGAGCCCGGCGAGGGGAAGAAUGAUAGGGGUAGAUACAGGCGGGAAGACUGACGGGGUGAGAGGGGGGGCCAUCGAAGACGGGGAGAAGGAAGGUGCUGGAGAUAGCGGUAAGGUCGGUGAUGUGGUGUGA